AUGAGAGGGUCAUCAGAAGGGCCUUCAGCCCUUAAACGUAAGCGUCAAGACUAUAAUUCUCAGUCAGACUCUCUGACAGAGCAUGAGCGCAGAAUCUAUGAUGCCAUCCUCAGCAAGAAAGAUAUGGGCAAUUACAAACAAGCCAUUAAGCGAGAAACAAACCUCACUAUGGUUCUGAUAAACAAGUCCCUCAAAACACUUGAAGGCAAGAAAAAGAUAAAAGAGGUUAAAGGGAUCCAAUCCAGGGCAAGGGGGGGAUUGUACAUGGCUGCAGAGUUUGAGCCCUCGAACGAGAUAACUGGCGGCGCGUGGUAUGAGAACGGGAACUUGAAUAGCGAGUCUGUAAACGAUAUGAAAAGGAAGUGCGUGAGGUUCAUAAAAGAGCACGAAGUUGCUACGUUGAAAGAGAUUUUAGCAGAAGUCGGAACUACAAGGAUUUUAGAUGCUAAAUUAGACCCCAAGGACAUGAAGGAGCUUCUGGAGGCUUUGGUUUUGGACAAUGAGGUCAUGAAGGCUGGGGAAGACAGUUAUAAGUGCUGCAAGAGAAGUAGUACUGGGGAACCAAAAUUGGCAUCCAUGGCUGUGAUUCCAUGCGGAGUCUGUCCGAGGAAAAAUCAUUGUACCCCAGAUGGCAUUAUUUCCCCGGCCAUCUGCGAAUACUUCAAGAAAUGGUUGGAUUUCUGA